AUGGGUGCUCCGGCGCUGCGUGCCAUCCUCCUGGUGCUUUCAGCAUUCCUGCCUGUGACCCAGACUAUGAACCAGAGUUUUGCAGGUUCACACUCCAUGAAGUAUUUGGUAACCACGACCGCGUCUCAACCGGGUCUUCGAGAUUCCCAUGUCUUCAGUGUUGGCUAUGUGGACUACAUGCAGUUUAUGCGCUUUGACAGUGAUGGAGCUACUCAGAGGAUCCAGGUGCGGGGACCCUGGAUGAAGCAGAUGGGGCCUGAGUAUUUGGAGACUGAGAGACAGUUUGCAGUGAGGUAUUCACACAAUGCCCGAGAAAACUUGAGAUUCGCAAUCCAGGUCUAUAACCAGAGCGAAAAUGUCUCUCACACUUUCCAGUGUUUACUGGGUUGCGACCUGGGGCCAGACGGACGCCUCCUCCGUGGGUACUAUUCACAUGCUUUUGAUGGCCACGAUUAUAUCAGCCUGAACUCGGACCUGAGAACAUGGACUGUGGCAGAUAGGAUGGCUCAGAUCACCCAGCGACAGUGGGAGGCAGUUCAUGAAGCAGAGACCUUCAAUCACUUCUUGAAAGUCUUGUGUGUUCCGUGGCUACUGAGACACUUGGAGAUAGGGAAGGAGACUCUACAACGCUCAGGUAUCAGGGCCUGA